UAUAUAUAUUUACUCAUUUUUAUUGUAUGAUGCUCACUUUAUCUCGAGGUUCGUUUGCUCCAUCUUCGUGUUUUUCUGUGUCAGAUGGUUGAUUUUUCAGAAACUUCUUGAUUUGUAGUGCUUCCUGUUUAUAGCGGUUACGUUUACGAGUGUGGAGGACUGGGUGAGGGAUUUGAGGUAGUGAACGAGGGCGAGGAAGUCACUACAGAGUUCUAGCCAGAUGUUCUCACAGAAUUUGAGACACUCGCUCAUCAUCCUCACAUUUUUCUUAGUGGAAUUGUGUGAAUGAUGUGACGGACUUGAAAUUUUGCGUGUGUGAUGCUGCUGCUCUGCCAUCCUGCGGUUGUCGUGUUCGAUUCAGUCCUUACACGAAAUCGCGUGCUACUGUUCCAAGGAGUUCUACAAAGUCUUACUGUACAUGAGAAGUUUUACAGAGGUUUCUUUUUAGUCACGAGCUUGUGAGAACUUUGCUUUCUAUGCCUCGUCGAUGUUGACUAUCAUAUCUAGUUUUACGUCGUAAAACAGUCCUCAGAUUUAUUUGAAGCCAUCAAGACUUACUGAUGAGGCGCACUCAAUUUUUGAGAUUAGCACACUUUUGUGUGCAUAGGGUUGAAGCUUUCGUUCCUUAUCUCAGCAUGGUCUGUGUCACUCCAUAAAGAGCCAGUGCUUCCUGAGGAUUUUGAAGCAACCCUGGCCUUCGAAGUACCAUUAAGCAUUUGCAUACCCGGGCUACAUUUCAGUAAUCUGGGGCUGUUUCCAUCUCCGCCUUGCAGGCCUAAGAGGUCGUGGUAUGGCACAUCUACAUACACGCAACGCUCGUGGAAGUUCAUACGCAUAGCCGACUCCUGGCACAUAUCCGAUCUGAUACCCCACUGAGGUCUGUCAGGGUAACCUUUUUCUGUCUCUCAACAUCGAAGUCCGCUGGUUCUUGCGCGUGGUAGACUUGCAUUGUUGUUUGGUCUGUCUUAUGAUGAACCAUUCCUCCACGGCCAAGUGCAAAUGGAGCUUUCAAUCACAAAGCUCAGGCCCGAACAGACUGAGGAACCAUCCGAAGAGGACAAAGAGGCUAGUAAUGCCACAAUGGAUCCUGCCAUCUGGGGUCGAUUACAUGGAGAGCUAGUGGACAGAAUUCUUCUAUGUUUGCCGAUUGCCAACUUGUACUCUCUUCGGUGUGUGUCCAAGUCAUGGGAUACAACCAUCAAGUCCACGAGCUUCAACAGGAUGUACCUGGAAAAGGCAUCUCGGGGACCUUCGUGGCUCUUCAUGUGUUCUUCAUUCAAUUGUCGUUUUGUUGCUAUUGGCAGGGACUUCACAAGUGCUUAUGAUCCAGUGCAAAACAGAUGGCACAAUUUCCCUCUCACAUUUCUGCCCUCCUGCAUGAGGUUUCCUUUGACGGCAGUCGGAGGCCGGCUGUUUGUGAGAGGCGGCUUGACAAAUGCCGGAGUCUUGGUAGUGUGCAACCCAAUGACCAGAUCAUGGCGGGUGCUCCCGCCCAUGAUUCAUAGGAGAUUAAACUCUCUUGUUGGUGUCUACGAAGAUAAACGCUCCAAGAGCUACAAGAUUGUUGUUGCUGGAGGAACUUCGGAGAGUGGUGGUGAGUAUGAGUGCACCACUGAGGUCUACGACUCCUUGAGUAAUUCCUGGAAGGUUACAGGCAAAGUGCGGAGGGAGAUUACGGUACGCAUUACGUGGUGGACAUCAAAGACGGUGUUCUGCAACGGAGUUUUAUAUUGCCUCACAUCUGGGCGUCCAUACAGCGUAAUCGCUUAUGACUUAAAGACGGCAACAUGGGAUGAAGUGGCAGUGCCCCCACCGGAGUUCCUCUUCUGUACGUUUCUCAUACAGCGACGGAAUCGCCUGUUUCUCGUGGGCGGGGCAGGCACGGAGCGAAUCUGUGAGCAUGUGCACAUGUGGGAGCUGAAGCAAGUCGACGGAGAGGGAAAGCAGUGGGUAGAGGUGGAGAAAAUGCCCCACGAGUACUUCCAGAUUUUCUUCAAGGAGAGGACUGCUACGGAUCUCAAGUGCUCCGGGCACGGCGACCUGGUGUACUUCUACAAGGAUUCACACACCCAGUUCAACCUCGCAACUGGGUACUUGCAGGUAUUGGUGUGCGAUUUCUCGAAGAAACAAACCGAGUGGAGGUGGCUUCCCAAGUGUCCGCUCAGCAUGAACUUCUUGAAAUUCUCCAUUCGGGGCCUGUUCCUGGACCCCACUCUGGACGCUUCCGUAUGAUUCAAUCCUAUAUACAUGGUAUAUAUAAAAUAUAUGACAAAAUAAGUAGUUGUAGAAUUGUUAGCUUCUAGGUCAAUCCAGUUAAAGCGGGUGUAGCAUUGAUGAGGAUAAGAGAGAAGCAUUCGAUUUGUGUGUGGUAAGAUUAUUCGAUUCAUAUCUAGUUUCAGGUUCGCUGUUGUAGAGGAGGUGGACAGCGUAUGAAUAAUCUCUGGUGACAGUGGCAUUACUCGGUGACAGUUCCGAAGGUUCUUCUUCUUCUUCUGCGGAAUGAGGCUCCAGGUUUGAAGAAUCCCAGCUUAGCCUGCUGGCAAAAACGAGACUUUGCAAUGUACAGUGAUUCAUCGUUUUUUUUU